GACCUCUCUCCUCUCGUUUUGAUUUCUUUUGUGGAAUCUUAAGAACAAAAAACCCGCCAAAUAUUUCCAUCGGUGAAUCUUAAGAAUCCGUUACCAUUUCCGUCUUCAUUGACGAUUACUGAUGAUCUACUUCUUCGUUCAUAUCGAAACUUGAGAUCGUGAAAAAUGAGUUUGAAUUCAUCUCGUUCCAAUAAUUCAGGCGGGAAAUCGAAGAAUUCCAACAACAGUAAUGAACAAAACAAGAAAAGAAAAACUAAUCAGAAAACCCUAGGUGUUGCUUGGGGUGCUAAUUCUAUCUCUUCUUCAAAAUCUGCUUCUCGAAAUUCCCCUUUCUCUGAUUUUGGCAGUUAUAUGGUAGAGAAGAAUCGGAAGCUUCGAAAUCAGUUUGAUGUGGACGCUUCAGGUACUUCACUUGGUGACUCCGGUAAACCCCUUUUUCAUGGGGUGACUAUCUUCGUGGAUGGAUUUACUGUUCCUUCUAGCCAGGAGCUCCGAAGUUAUAUGUUGAAGUAUGGUGGACGAUUUGAGAACUACUUCUCGAGGCACCGAGUGACUCAUAUCAUCUGUAGCAACCUCCCCGACAGUAAACUUAAGAAUAUUAGAUCUUUUAGUGGUGGUCUUCCAGUAGUAAAGCCAAUGUGGAUAGUUGAUUCUGUCGCUGCAAAUAAACUUCUGAAUUGGGUUCCAUACCAAUUGGACCAGCUCGUUGAACUUAGUCGACAGCCAAAAUUAUCUGCAUUCUUUCCUCUUAAAAGUAAUACGAGCUCUGAGGGGGCUGAAACUCCCUCUAAUCAUCAUGUGAAGCUGGAAACUGCAAGAUGUUUAUCUAAUGGAUUAGACACAUCUAAAGAUAUAUCUUCAUCUGAAGCGGGUGAUUCUGUAGAAAAUAGUGCAGAGUGUAGUGGAGAAAGUGUUUUUUCUGGCGAUGGAACACCUUUUGAUGUAAAAAGGGAAGAACAAAACUCCAUGGAUUCUGAAGAAAAUUGUUCUGAAGGGAGAGCAACAGAACCACGCCCCACUGACGUGGAUGAUGAAACAAAAGGCAAAAUGACGAUUGAAUCAAGUCCUCUUAAGUCAUCAGUUUCAGGUGGCAGUUACUGUUCAGAUAAGCAAACCUUAAAAGGAUCUGAACAGAACAUUGCAGGGGUGGGGAAUCCACGACAUUCAACUCUUGGUGAUCCUAAUUUUGUGAAGAACUACUUCAAGUACUCAAGGCUGCAUUUCAUAGGAACGUGGAGGAAUCGUUAUCGCAAACGUUUUCCUAGUGGUCCUGGAUGCUCAGUUGUUAGUGCUCCUAAGGUCUCCCAGAAAGUUGCAAUUAUUCAUGUAGAUAUGGACUGCUUUUUUGUUUCUGUGGUCAUAAAAAGUCAUCCUGAAUUACGGGAUAAGCCUGUAGCUGUAUGCCAUUCAGACAAUCCCAAGGGGACAGCUGAAAUUUCCUCCGCAAACUAUCCUGCACGUGAUUUUGGAGUCAGGGCUGGAAUAUUUGUCAGAGAUGCCAAGGCUCUUUGUCCCCACCUUGUUAUCUUGCCGUACAACUUCGAAGCAUAUGAAGAGGUUGCUGAUCAAUUUUAUGACAUUUUGCACAAGCAUUGCAACAAAGUUCAGGCAGUAAGCUGUGACGAAGCAUUUUUAGAUGUUACAGACCGAGAAGAUGAAGAUCCUGAACAUCUAGCAUCAAGAAUCAGACAGGAAAUAGUUGAUACAACAGGAUGCACUGCCAGUGCUGGAGUUGCUGGUAAUUUACUCAUGGCUCGCCUUGCCACAAGAACUGCUAAACCAGAUGGCCAAUGCUAUAUUCCUCCUGAUAAGGUGGACAACUAUUUAAGCGAACUUCCGAUUAAGGCACUGCCGGGGAUCGGGCGUGUUUUGGAAGACAAGUUGAAAACCAGGUUUAUUCAAACUUGCAGUCAACUUCGCAUGAUCCCCAAGGAAUCCCUUCAAAAAGACUUUGGCGAAAAGACUGGUGAUAUGCUCUUUAAUUAUUGUAGAGGCAUUGAUAACAGGGCGGUUGGAUUACUUCAGGAGACCAAGUCUGUUGGAGCUGAUGUGAACUGGGGGGUGAGGUUCAAUGAUACAAAAGAUAGUCAAAAUUUUCUUCUCAACCUUUGCAAUGAGGUUUCGCUGCGGUUACAGGGAUGUGGAGUUCAAGGGCGCACCAUUACUCUGAAGGUAAAGAAAAGAAGAAAGGAUGCUGGAGAGCCGACAAAAUAUAUGGGGUGUGGAGAUUGUGAGAAUUUGAGCCACUCAAUGACGGUUCCAGUUGCUACUGAUGACGCAGAAGUGCUUCAGAGAAUAAGCAAGCAGUUGUUUGGUUCCUUUCACAUAGAUGUGAAGGAGAUCCGGGGGGUUGGCUUGCACGUCUCAAAACUGGAAAAUGCAGACGUGACUAGACAAGGGCUGGGAAAAAAUGCUCUGACAUCGUGGCUCGCAUCUGCUCCGGCAGAUAUGGCAAAGCUCUAUAGUCCAGCAAAAGAGAGGGGUGAUGGAGGUUCUAGAGAAGCCGGUCCUUCACAUCAAUUGUCUGCUAAUCAAUCUCGCGGUGAAGCUAGAUUGAGCAGUGUUUCUAUGUUGCCGCCAAUAAGCCAACUGGAUAUGGGGGUUAUUGACAGCCUUCCUCCAGAUUUGUUUUCAGAAGUAAAUGAGAUGUAUGAUGGGAAAUUAUCAAAGAUUAUUAAGAAAACUAAAACUAAGGCUAGUAGUUCCGGUUGCACCUCAGUAGUUGAAGAUGUGAAAGGUGUGAAGAACAAGGGCAAGGAACCUGUUUUUUCUCAUUCUGCUCAUGUAGAGAACACCAUAGACACAUCUGAGAAUAAGGAAAAGGAGUUCAAACGCAAGAACAUUCAGCUUACUACAUCUUUUUCAAGGGCCGGGUCCUUGAAUGCACAUAUCACUACUUCAGGGGAAGACAGAAAUGAUAUAAUGCCUGCAAGUUUAAGUCAAGUAGACAUGUCGGUUCUAGAAGAGUUACCUGAAGAAGUUAAGGCCGACAUACUUGAGUCACUCCAUAGAAGGCCCGGUUGUUCCAGUGAUAGUAAUAGAAGUGCAGUAAGGGAGUCUCCACAUGCUAGUAAAAGCAUGGGGCAUAUCCAAAUGACCGCACUAGAAUUUGCUUCAGAGAAUAGUCUUUGGAAUGGAAAUCCACCAGUGUGGGUGAAUAUUUUCAAAAACAGCGGGGAUUUCAUGCUGAACAUUCUUGGUGAAAUGUAUCAUAAAUCUUUCCCUACUGGUUUGUUAUCUUCCAUUUUGCAGGCUACCAUAUCCCUGCACUCUUCCUCUCUGGAUACAUUUAAUGAAGGAAAGGAUGAUUCUAUUAAUAGCUUGUGUGAGCUUUUUAAGCAGUAUAUUGGUCUAAAGAUAAAGUAUGACAUUGAAGAAAUCUAUAUUUGCUUUCGUCUAUUGAGGAGGUUUGCGGCAAAGUCUACAGUUUUUAUACAAGUAAUUGAGCUAACACACCCUUACCUUCAGGCUGCAGUUAGCGAGCACUACGGGGGAAACCUGAAUAUAUCGUACGGUAAGGAGUGAGUGUUCUAAGUCAUCCUACUGUUUCCUUAUCCACCUGUCCAGGAAUCAUAUUCUCUGGAUUUAAUUUCUGAUCAUAAGCUUUCAAUACCUAAGAAUGAAGGUACGACUUCCAUUUCCCAGUUUGUACAUAUUUUUUGUAGUUAUUAUCUGUAAAAAUGGCAGAAAAUCUAGUGUAGUUUGUCCUAUAUCAACCCUUGUAUGAAAGUUAAAUUUUAUAGAAACAGUUUCUACGGUAUGACUAUGAAUGAGCAAAGGUUAAACCCCUUACA